AUGUCCUCCGAUGAGGAACCCAUAUCCGACAAAGCCGACGCGUUUCGAACCGAACCUCGCGCGACCCAAAACAAUGGAGAGCGAAGGGCCGACCUGUCCUCAAAGUCCGAGAACGUUCGCAUUCCAGGCGUGUUGGCGGUGGUAUCAUGGGUCGAUCUGGAUGGCCAAGAGCAAUUUCUUGACACUAGAACAGAAAUCUUAAUCCAGUACUGCACAUCUCCAGUCAAUACACUGUUCAUGCGACUUCAGUUCGAGAUCUCUCAACCUUCGCGCCGUGGUCCCAAGCACCUUUAUGUCUUUCUUCGCCCUCACCACAUACAGUCGCUGGCUGUAAUGGGUGAGCAAGACGACCCUUCGAGUACAACAAUUUUUGUGAAGAAAGCGUGUGGUUCGGAUGACGUACAUUUUUUGUCCGUAACCACGCACGAGCCAGGUGCCUUGGUGAUCCCAAAAGAUUUCAACCCUGGUGCUUUCAGUCCCGAUGCACAACAGGUUGUUUCUCUGAUGGAGUCGCUGAAGGCUGGAUUCCUAUCACGCAAGUCCUUCAACCUUCGCUUCCCACACCAUUGUAUCCCCGAAGGCCCCUUGCUAGAGCUUUGCCAAGCUGCUUCGACUCCAGGCAUACUGAAGUCAGAUGCACGAUUAGAUGAUCUGAAUAGUCUCUAUGGAGGGAGAGGGGGUCAAGCUAUAGCACUCGAUUUCCAAGUUGCCACGCUUGACGUUGACUCUCCCCCAUCAUACGACGCAACUCGUGCCAAUGCUUCGGCUGAAUCACUCUUAUUGGACAAAGCGAGACCGCGUAACAAGAAACGGCGGCGAGAAACCCCUUCGGCCAGCAGCCCUUCUGUUCCAGCAGACCCAGACGUGACCCCCGCAACUUUUAAACUGUUUACAGACCAUAUUGACAGUUUCAUUGAUGCUCGUAUUGAUCAACGUAUCAAGUCAUACACUGACGACGCCAUUGAUGCACGGAUAAACAAUAAACUUGUGUCCCAUAUUGACAAAAUCAUUGACGAACGAGUUGGCACCCGCAUUGAUGCCGCCGUCGAGAAGUUCCUUGCGCCCAUAGAGUCAAGGCUCACUACAAUCCAGAGAUCUAUUGAGAGCUCAAAGACGGAGUUUGAAGAUUCACGGUAUGAAUUUGAGCGAGACAUCAAGGAUCUACGCGAAGAGACUGAGGAUGUCUUGACGACAAGAUUUGAUCAAGAAAUUUCCGAAGCGAAAGAAGAUAUACACGACUAUGCUAGAGCUCAAAUAGAGGAUGCGAAGAAGGAUAUUAUCAAGCGCCUUCGCGAGGAACCACUGAAAUGUGUGGUUAACAUGGAAUUUGACACCAUUUGA